AUGCCGACCGAAAUCGUCAACCUCUCCGCCGCCGCGCGCAACCGGCGGCGCAUGGCGGCGCGGCUCGGGUUCGAGUCGGUGCGCGAGCUCGAGAGCUGGGAGGAGGAGAUCGUGCUGGACCACUUCGCCAACUUCAUCUGCGACUACCUGGCCAUGGGCUACACGGUCGAGCCCGACAAGCGCGAGCUGGUCGCCUUCAUCGACCUGGACGAGGCCGUCGAGGAGCGCAUCAAGUGUCUGGAGGAGCGGCGGUUCGAGAUGGUGCUCGAUCCGGAUAAGAGCGAGUGGACUGCCAAGGACCAUUACAAGCAGUUUGUGAUUGGGGUCGUGGCCGAUGAUAUCUGGCUGGGGAGGUAUGGGGUGGAUGGCGCUGUUCUUUGCAAGCGCGAUUGGAGCGCGAAGGAGAUCACCAUCAAGAUGGUGAGGUUUCUCGAGUUCUUGGUAAAGGAGUGGGUGGACGGGCCGGGGGAUGCUUCCGACAGGGAGAAGUCAGGUCAGGUUCAGGUUCGGAUCUAA